AUGGAAACAAAUUCUGACUUCAACGAGAGCUCUCAAAGGUUCGUCGAUUGGUUUCAAUCGCUACCUGGCGCAACAUUUCACAACGACAUCGAAAUCAGGGACUUGCGGCAACAGAAUGCAGGUCGAGGCAUCGUUGCCAAAGCCGACAUCCCACCAGACACCGUUCUGUUCACCAUCCCCCGCAAUGCCAUCAUCUGCGCCUCAACCUCCGCCCUGAAAUCCCAGCUUCCCCAUCUCUUCGACCUCGAAAACGACGAUGCAGAGUCCUGUGACGGCGACGAGGCAUCCUCAAAAUCCCAGGACUCAUGGACUCUGCUCAUCCUAAUCAUGAUCUACGAGUUCCUCCAAGGCCCAGCCUCCCGCUGGAAACCCUACCUAGACAUCCUCCCCUCAACCUUCGACACGCCCAUGUUCUGGUCCGACACCGAACUCUCCGAACUCCAAGCCAGCGCUCUCAUCCACCGCAUCGGCAAGGACUCAGCCGACCAAAUGAUCCGGUCCAAAAUCCUCCCCAUCAUCCACGACCACCCACACAUCUUCUUCCCCGCCAACAGCCCAAGCCCCAAACUCGACGAUACCCAACUGCUCGCCCUCGCCCACCGCAUGGGCAGCACCAUCAUGGCAUACGCCUUUGACCUUGAGCCCGAGACAGACGACUCCGCCUCAGGACUCGGAGCAGACGGUGAGGAGGGGGACGGCUGGGUCGAAGAUAGAGAAGGCAAGACGAUGCUGGGCAUGGUGCCCAUGGCGGACAUGCUCAACGCCGACGCCGAGUUCAACGCACACAUCGCUCACCACGAGGAUUGUCUAACAGCCACCGCGCUGCGUACCAUUCAUGCUGGGGAAGAGAUUCUGAAUUAUUACGGGAGCCUUUCUAGUGCUGAGCUGUUGAGGAGAUAUGGGUAUGUCACGGCCAAGCAUGCGAGGUAUGAUGCUGUUGAAUUGGCGUGGGAGUUGGUUGAGAAGAGGUUGAAAGAGAGAGUAGGGGGUGGGAUGCGCCGGGAGGAGUGGGAAAGGGUGACGCAGCUUGUUGAAUCUCUCUCGGAUGAGGACGAGGGGUUUGAGAAGAGCUUCGUGCUAGAACGUUCGAGCCCGGACCCAGACUCCACCGGGCGGUUGGUUGGGGAAGCGGUUUUUGACGGGCUGCCGGAUGAGCUGGAGAAGCAGUUCAAGACUUUUCUCAAGGCGGUUAAGAAUAUCAAGCCUGAUGUUGAAGUCGUCGUCAGGGCACUUUCGGACCGCGAUAUACGCAAGGAGCUGUACUUGGAGUGCGUUCGCGGGGCGCUACAGGAUCAAGAGGGUCAGUAUCAGACUUCUUUGGAGGAGGAUGAACGGUUGCUGGGAGAAAGGCAGGUGACUGGGCGCAAGAGGAUGGCAGUCUGGGUCAGGAGGGGGGAGAAACAGCUUCUGCGUGAGGCGAAGGCAUGGGUUGAUCGAGAGCUGGCUGAGGUGAGGAACAGGAGGCCGGGGGGAGAUGACGGCCCAGCCGCAAAGAGACGGCGGGUUUGA